AUGACCAACAAUUUAGAAAGAGGCCAGCUUGGAAAGCUUUUCAGCAUGUUGCUUCUUAUAAUUUUGCAGUUUCAUAAUGGUUUUGGAAGCAGACUGGGGAAGAUUUUUUUGCAGGUCACUUUUACAGGCCUUGUUGAUUGCAUUAGAAAGAGACAUAUCCUCUUUGCAGGGGGGCAUAUUCACAGUGUCAAAUUUGGGAGGGCCUUUGGAAUCAAGCAAUUCUGUUCCAUUAUUAAUCCUCCCCAAUCGAGCAUUCUUACAGUUGGCUCUGGAAAAAUGCUGAUGCAAAUAAGAAACCUGCCAUUCCCAUUUAUCGACAUGUCACUAGGAAUUUCAAAACAUUGUCUUUGA